UAUCACUAGUCUGAUCAGAGACCUGAUAGAAGACUGUCAUUGCCUUUUCAAGAAACUUAUCUUAACUGUUCUCCGUCUUGGGAAACUUUUUAAUACGCCCCGAUGAAUCUGUGGUUUUAUUAUGUGAUUUGUCUUUAGUAUAGCUGUUUUUCCCCUGUAUUUUUCACGUUAUGCAACUUCGAGAUAUGUACCAUAGGUAUAAUAGUGUGUAGUAUGUUCGGAUGUUAUAUCUGCUUUAGUGGCUUGGAAAAUUCAAAGACGCACAUCAGCAAAGUUGAUCUCACAGAACAGACAAGCAAUGAAUUAGAAGCUGGCAACGUUGACAAUGUACCAGAAAGUGCUGGUUCAAAUCACCCUGCCGGUUCAGAUUUGGAAGAAAUGCUGAGAGACGAUAGCGCGGAUGAUAUGCCACUAUGUCGAAUAUGUCAGGAGAAAAUGGGAAUCAAGGGAAAAGACAAAUUGAUUUCACCGUGUGGCUGCUCUGGCUCGUCAAAAUUUAUUCAUAUCCGAUGUCUUCAAAAAUGGACCCGAACCAAAGGCUCAAAUAUUUGUGAAAUAUGCAAUAAACAGUACGAACAAAAAUACUUGAAGCUUCCGCGAUUAACGACAUCAGAAGAAAACACACUUGUAUCGGCUUUGAUCAUUCUUGUACUUUUAUCCGGUGUCACUGGUGUCGGAGUUUAUCUUUUAGUUGCGCACAUACACGAAACAGCAGGGAACAUUACGGGCGAUAUAUGGAUCUCACUUAGUCUCUUAACUUCAGGCGGCAUGGGACUAGCCUUAUUCAUGCCUUGGUUUUCUAUGUUCAUUUGGCGCAUAUGCGUGAACAGCAAGCGGCGGAGGGAGCUUCCUAUAUAUAUAAACGUUUAACUGUAUAUUUGACUUGUUAUCGGAUGAUUCUGAAGAAAAUGAAUCAAGUUUGAGAAACUUGACACGUAGGCCUACAUUAAGUGCAUUCGUCUGAAGAGAAUUUCCAGUUCACUGCCAGAAAGGCACUAUAAACCACGGUCAACAUAAUUUUUAUUUCAAUCGUGAUAACGUCUUUCAAGUUAUGGUUUCGCAUUUGACUAGGAAAUGAUACAGUGUUUUUUUCCAUCCUGUUGGAAAAAGAAAAAUCGAUCAUUAAGUUUAAUGUGUUCCUGGAAGGUAUUGUUAUGUUGAAAGUUUAUUGAAGAGUGGACCUAUGAAUAAAGCUUGUUUUCAUACAAUCGCUACACGCUAUCGCCUAUAGCUUUCGGUGAUGCUGAUUGGUCGGUUGAAUUGGAAAGCCUUCCAUUGCAUCGGGGACUGCCACGCAAUACUGUACAACGGUUGCAGUGAAAACACUGUAGCGAUAGUGUAGCGAUUUUAUGGAAACCAAGCUUAGGAGAUGGUUAUUAAUUUAUAAUACUUGUGAAUCAAAGUAUUUAAAGUAUAAUUAAUAAUUUAUUAAGUCAAUUGUAAUAUAAUUUCGAUCCUUUCAGUACGUUACCCAAAAUCUAAUUUGUCACUGUUAUAAUCGUAAAAUUUAAUUUGUAUUAAUAACUUAAUAAUGUAAAUUAUUAAUUUCAUUUUGAAUUCAGCUAUUAUGCAUCAAUGCUUUGUUUGUUAAUGGACCUUUUCUGCGCUAACCCGGCAUUUUUUUUUUAUAUUGUUGGCAAGGUUUCACAAACAAAGUGUAAACGUAUAUAAGCACGUCUGUUUGUGGGACAUGCGUUUUCCAGCUGGCCUACUUACUACCGUAUGGUAUUAUACUAAUUUCAUUUCAAUAAAUAAACUUUUUUUUAAAGUAUUAUAUUGUGUUCUCCCGAAGCCGUUUUAGCCGUCAGUUUUACCAGUAAAAUUAACUCGCCAACCAGUAAAAAUUAUGUGUUGGUAAAAUUAAAAAUUAAAAAAAAAAACACUUAUUAGGCCUAGGUAGCCUGGGCUGAGCUUCUUUCAAUAAAUGAACAUCAUUCCAGUUCAGGCCUAGACAACGUAUAGUUGUUUUUUGAAGCCAUUGAACCCUACAGUGACUGCUUCCUGGUUUGUUAAUGCUGCCCUAAACUAAGAAAAUGAUCUUAUCAGCUCUAUAUUUCAUAUAUAUUGGAGCUCAUUUUCUCUUUUUAAUCAUUAAUAAUGUACGGUAUAUUUUGCUGAAUGGGACAAAACUACCUUACGUUAACGAACCUCAUGGAGGUAUGCAACUAUUUAUUCAAAUUCAUUUAUAUUAAAUUGUAGACCCAGUCUAAUUACUGUUUAUAUUUACUGUAUUAUUUAAUUAGCAAAGAAAACACCAUGUAAUAAUAAUUAGUAUUUAUUAUUUUGAAGUU